AAUGUAGUAUAUCCAUUAGUUUGUGCUCCAACGGCGACCAAUGGCUAUGGCUUUUACAAAGAGCCACUAUAAGAGAUGGACAGUUGAAAAUCCUCAACAUUGUUCAAAAGCCACCACAUACCCAACGCAUAAGCCUAUACAGCAAGUUGUUCUUCCAAUACCCAUUUCCAGAAGAUCUUCAAUUCUGAUCUCUACCCUGUCUUUAGGCCUCAUUUCACUCCCACAACCAUCUUCCCAUGCUAGAGAGAGGCGCAACAGAAAGACCAUCCCUCUUGAAGACUACCUCACAAGCUCUGAUGGACUGAAAUACUAUGACGUUGUUGAAGGGAAAGGUCCAAUAGCUGAAAAAGGAUCGAUAGUUCAGGUGCAUUUCGACUGUGUUUACCGUGGUAUUACAGCAGUGUCAAGUCGGGAAUCAAAACUCUUAGCUGGAAAUCGGAGCAUUGCACAGGUUUUACCUUUUCAUUUGCCUUACGAGUUCAAGGUUGGAGCUCCCCCAGGAAAAGAAAGGAAACGUGACUUCGUAGACAAUCCAAAUGGUCUAUUCUCUGCCCAGGCUGCACCCAAACCUCCAGCAGCCAUGUACUCGAUAACUGAAGGCAUGAAAGUAGGGGGAAAGAGGACUGUGAUUAUUCCACCAGAAGCUGGGUAUGGCCAAAGGGGAAUGAGUGAGAUACCGGUCAUGAGCUCAUGUCAUUGAAGAAAGAAAAAAAUUAGAGACAUUGUUCUUGCUGAAUUACUUUGGUGUACGUUGUGCAGCCAGGAGCUACAUUUCAACUGAAUGUCGAGCUUUUGCAAGUAAUGCCACCAGAAGAGAAGUAGUCUGUUUUGGGUUAUGAGAUGUUUGUGUAAAUUGAAAUUUCUACUACAUUAUUCUUCUUAUUCUUCUAGCGUUAUAAAAGGUUGCAUUUUUGCAGUGUUUUUGUACUUUUUUUUGCUUUUAUUUUUUGUAUGGAUCAACAUAUUUCGAAAGUACUAAAGAUCAAUUUUCUGGAGUAA